CUCAGGGUGAUUCAAACAGCUUGGGUCUGUUCAGCCCGAUCACCGCCAUAAGCAAAAGAAGCAGCCAUCCUGCACGGCAGCGAAUUUAAGGGUUCGGAAUAGCCGCCAGCCUGUCGUAGUCGGAUCGGUAUCUGCCAUCUGCACAUCCAGGCCAGUGACACGAUGUGUGGCGGGUCAACAACGGCAGUGUCCUUCCUGGGACUGGAGGGUCUCCAUGUCUUCAUCACGGGGGCUGCCGGUGGCAUAGGGAGACGGGCGGUGCAGGAGUUCUUAGACCAAGGAUGCAACGUGACAGCACUUGACCUGCAACCGCUGGAGAUCCCCAAAUCAGCCGUCGGAGAAGCCUACGCCAGACUGCACACCCUGCAAGGCGACAUCGCCGACGAAGAAUCCAUCCGGUCCAGCAUCUCCCAGGCCAACAAGCGCUUCGGGCCCAUCAACAUUCUCAUCGCCAAUGCGGGCAUCACCGACGAGAGCAGAGACUACCCCAUCUGGGAGCUGCCCCUCGAAACAUGGGACAAGACCUACCGCGUCAACGUCCGCGGGACCUUCCUCACGAUCAAACACUUCCUGCGCGCCGCGCAAACCGCCCAGCAGACCCAGGGCAAGGAGCUAGACAACCUUGCCAUCGUGGUGACCGGAAGCGAGACAGGCAAAUUCGGCCAGGAAAACCACGCCGAGUACGCGUCUGGCAAGGCCGGCUUGCAGUACGGACUGGUCCGCAGCGUCAAGAACGAGAUCGUCCGGCUCAACAGCAAGGCUAGAAUCAAUGCCGUUGCCCCGGGGUGGGUAGACACGCCUUUGAUCGAGGGCAGACUGGAUGAUCCGAAGGAACUCUGGGCUGAAGCCCAGGCAACCGUCCCCCUACGGAAGAUCGCAAGACCCGAGGACGUCGCUCGAACCAUGGCCUUCCUCGCCUCCCACCGCGCAGCCGGACACAUCUCGGGCCAAUGUCUCAGCGUCGACGGCGGCAUGGAAGGCCGUCUCAUCUGGAAAGAGCCUGCCCAAGCAACCAUAACCACCCCAAACCCACCACCCACAGCCCAAACCCUGGCCAUCCCACGCACCCUCCCCGCCCCCAAACGCAACAAAAUCCGCAUCGCCGUCUCCAUCGACCUCGAUGCUGUGUCCGGCUGGCUCGGCACGAACCACCACCCAGACAACAUCCUAGCGGACUACUCAUCGGGCUUCUUCGCCGCCAAAGUCGGCGUCCCGCGUCUCCUCCGCAUACUCAAGAAACUCAACCUCGCUGACCGCUGCACGUGGUUCAUCCCGGGACACUCCGCCGAGAGCUUUCCCGAGGAGGUGCAGCAGGUGGUUGAAUCGGGCUGCGAGAUCGGGCUGCAUGGGUAUGCCCAUGAGGGCGCGUACCAGAUGACGGUGCAGCAGGAACGCGAUGUCUUGGUGAAGUGUAUUGAGGUCGCGACGAAGUUGACGGGCACGAGGCCUGUGGGUUAUCGUGCGCCGCUGUAUCAGUUGAGGGAGUCGACGUUGGAUUUGUUGGAGGAGUUUGGGUUCGAGUAUGACAUGACCCCGCUGCAAUUCCUCCCCCACGCCCCCAACUCCCACGGCUACACGGACGUGCGCGUCAUCGAGAACAUGUGGAAGGACCGCUUCCUCUGGAUCAGGGAUAACGAGGAGGAUCCCGUGUUUCCCGUCCUGAUGCAUCCCGAUACGAGUGGUAUGGCGCAUGUGAUUGGUAUGGUGGAGAGGUUUUUGGGCUGGUUGAAGGGGUGGCAGCAGGGGGAGGACGGCGAGGUGGAGUUUUGUACGAGUGCGGAGGUGGCGAGGUGGUGGAGGGGGAAAGAGGAGGGGAGGUUGGUUGGUUGA